AUGGCGUCGCUCCGGAUCCCCAGCACCGCCCUGGCCCUGCUCAGCCUCCUGCUGCUGCUGGCCGCCCUGGGCUCCGACCGCUGGCUGGUGGCCGAUGGCCACCUCGUCACAUCCUACUCGGGGCUGUGGAAAGUCUGCGUGAAUUCGGGGUGUUGGACGUUUGCUUCAGUGCCAGGGUACAUUGAAUCCACCAGGGCUUUCCUGUUCCUGGCCAUGAUCGCCGGGUUUCUCUCCUUCUUCGCCCUCCUCGCUUCGUUCUUCCGCUCCCACCUCGGCUCCAUGUCUCUGACCCUGAUCUCUGCUGUGGGCAGCUUCAGCGCAGGGCUCUGUGCCAUGAUCGCGCUGGCCGUGUACACAGGGGAGUUCGCUGGGGCCGUGAAUGUCGCCCCGGGCCAAGUCACCUUCGGCUGGUCCUUCGGCCUUGGCUGGGCCUCCUUCCUCCUCUUCCUCAUCACCGGUGUGGUGACGCUUCGUAUCCUGAGAGUCUCCUAG